AUGGUUGAGAAGGCCCGUGAGCGGGAGAUGGAGUCGGACUUUCGCACCAAGCGGAAGCCUAAGCAGGAACAUAUAGCAGUAGGUCAGGCUAAAAAGCCUAAGACCUCGGAUUCAUCUAGUAGGGGCCAACAGGGUUGUGGCCAGUGUGCCAAGUGUUGGAGAUUUCAUGAUGGAACUGGCCAUAAAAAGGGUGAUUGUCCAAGGUUGCAGGGAGGGGGAGGAGCAGUGGCGGCGCCUGCGCCCGCCACAGUGAGGAUUAAUGAUAGCCAACGUGUUGAUGCUCCAGCAGUGAAGAGACGUGCAUUUCAGUUGACUACCGAGGAGGCUCGGGCAGCACCAGACGUUGUGGUUGGGACCUUUUUGGUCAAUGGUAUGUCUGUUCAUGUUUUGUUCGAUUCGGGAGCUAACCGAUCGUUUGUGUCUCUUAUGCUUAGCAAGAAGUUUCGGGAUGCGACGGGAACUUCGGAUUCCCCGCUUGAGAUAGAGAUUGUAUACGAUCGCACCGUGAGUACAGUGAGGGUGUAUCGGGACUGUGUCCUGAAUGUUCUUGGGGAGAGGUUUCGUGUUGAUUUAGUCUCAAUACCGUUGCAAGGGUUGAAGGCGAUUGUCGGGAUGGACUGGUUGGGGGUCAACGGGGCCAUGAUCGAUUGCGAGUGCCAUUUGGUGAGGGUUCGAACCCCAAGUAGGGUACCGACCCUCUGCUCAGGUGCGAGAGCUAGGAGAUUUAUGCAGCAAGGUUAUGCGGGAUUUCUGGCAUAUAUCUCGGAUACGAGGGUUGAGACCACGACAGAUGUGGGCAGUGUGCCGUUUGUACGGGAGUUUCAGGAUAUCUUUCCUGAGUAG